GCAGAGAGAGAGAGAGAGAAAGAGAGAGGCUGAGUCAGACUGGAGGAGGGAGGAAGUGAAUGAGGGAGAGCGAGAAGAAGCAGUGAGAGAGAAAAGGAAGCAGAGUGAGCAAAAAAUCAUGGGAGGAGGGAAUGAGUGAGAAUGGAGGAGGGAGAAAAGAGAGAGAGAGAAAAGAAGCAGUGAACGAGUGAAGCACACAGAAUAGGGGGAGGAGAGAGAUGCACGAUGCACACACAUGUAUGGACGAACAAGAAGCAUUGACAGGAUAGUGACAGAGAGAAGAGGAAAGGAGGAAGGAGAGAGAAAGAGAGAGGGGGCUACCGAGAGCAUAAGACUGCAGCACUGAGAGACAGCUGACGGAGAAAAGAGGAAGAGCAGAACAAGAGAUAGAGAGAGGAAUUUAGAGGAAUGGCCGGAUGGAUGGUCAGUAGACAGAGGAAAAGAGAAGGAUUGUGAAGAACCUGAAAAAAAGGAGUAGGAAACACAAGAAGGAAGACUGCACCUCCAUCCUGCCGUGACGCAUCACUCCAUCAUCUCUCCAUCAUCUUUCCAUCUUUCCCCUCCUCCACUGUAGAAAGGAUGAUCUCUCCGUCUUCAGCCGCAUCCCUCCAUCCUCACCUGGACACCUGGACUGGAUAAGGCUAGGUACGAGCUAAUCUAUCAUCAUCAUCACCAUCAUCACCAUCACCAUCAUCUUCAUCAUCUUCUUCAUCGGUGCCAAAUUGUGAAUGACAAACAGUGAGACAGGAAAAAACACCCUAAAGUAACAACCCACGGCAUAGACAAGAUCUGAUUGGACUCCUGGGACAUUCCUGGACCGAUCAAGAUUGGACCCACACCCUCAUACACAUAAACCUCUUCAGGAAUUCCAAGCUGUCUUAGACAAGAACGGAAACUUCCAGGUAUUUCCGUUGCCUCAAGAACCACUCACUCAAAAAAGCUCCUCAAGCAGAAGGAACUUAAUCCCAAACCUAAGAGGAGACCAGAUCGAUUGUGCCAUUGGCAUAGACACAACUGUCCACUUACUGUCCCACUGACAUUGGGACCACCACUACCCAAACCCAAUAAGCUCGCAAUUUCAGACAUUAUAUACCUUCUUAAAGAGACUUUCUGUGUAGGUGCUUAUAAGGUGUAUAAAUAUAUAUAUACAUAUAUUGUGCCAGCUUAAAUACAGUUGUGGUUAAAUAUUAUGUACUGUGUUCAGCCAUUUCUUUGUAAUACUGGAUAUAAAGUAUUUUUUUGUUACUAGAUCAACUAAAGUAUUAAUAAACAGGGUAUAAGUCGCCACGUCACUGGGCUUUAAAAAGAACUGGACAUUGAAAUUUACCUGUGUUAACCUCUUAAACUAUCUAAAGUUUCAAAGCUGUAAUCAAUCUUUAGCCAUCUACACUAGACCAAGAAGAGUGGCCAGUGGAAGAACAAUGGAAAAAAGCAUGCGUCCUCACGUCCCCUGCAACGGCUGAAUGUCCUUCUUGGAUUAUACCGAAGACACCAUUCACAGGGUUGUGUUGAACACCACACACAGACACACAGCUGCAGAGAUCAUCCAACUCUUUCCGGAGCGAAUGUCCUGUCUGAGGCGCCAGCCUGUGACCAUCCCAAUGGAUACCGUCAAGAUCAUCCAGUCGGAGAAAUUCCCACGGGAGUGUCCUGUUCCUGUGACCCAGCCUCGGUUUGCACCUCCUCCCCGUGUGGCCUGGGAUGGAGGAGGUGAAGGCGAGGUCAUCGUCAACCAGGCCUGCAGUGACCUGUCUGUUGAGGUGAACGGUAACACCAUGGUCAACCCCCGUCCUCUGGCAUCACCUCCAGCACCAGUCCUCCGUCGCGAAGCGAGCUAUUUAGCCCAACGCAAGGCUAGCAACAGCGAGAUAUGCUACCACCAAUUCCACUACAAGAUGGAUGAUGUAAUCGUGAACCAGUACGUCCUGCGCUCUUCGUCCACCUCGUCCUCCUCUUCGUCUUCAACUUCUUCGGGCCCGGUGAUGCCGUGUGAGCCACUGGAUUGUCCGACUUGCGGGCACACGUACAACUUUGCAGGGAAGCGUCCGAGAAUCCUGUCCUGCCUGCACUCGGUGUGUGAGGAGUGCCUGCAGAUCCUGUAUGAAUCCUGCCCCAAGUAUAAGUUCAUUUCAUGCCCCACAUGCCGCCGCGAGACCGUUCUCUUCACCGACUAUGGUUUGGCCGCGCUCGCCAUCAACACCAGCAUCCUGAGCCGCCUGCCGUCUGAGCCUGGAGGGACCGUACAAUGGGGAGGAGAUGCCGACCGCAGCUGCUACCAAACGGUGCGCCAGUACUGCCAAUCGGCCUGCACGUGCCACAUCGCUAACCCGCUUUCCACCUGCGGCAUCAUGUAGACAUAGAUCAGUCCACCAGGUGGCACUGUUCAAGCCAAAUCCACAAAACCACAAAACCAGUGACCCCACUAUUCCAAAAAUGCCCUCCGUCUUACCCUGCCAAUGCAAAUAUUAUCUAUAGAUCUAUUUAGCACAGACGGUUGCUGUCUGGACUUUAAAGAAGUGAAAGAGACACUUGUGCAAGGAGCCAAGAGAAAUGUUAUAUCAGAGUAAAUGUAUUUUAUGUACGAACUGAUUGAUCCCUUUUCCCUUAAAGUUCCUGUUUAUCUUGUUUGGAUGUGUUUGUCAUUGACAUCUCUUCACAUGGGAAUGCCAAGGAGACUUUGUCUCCCCUCUCUCCUGGGAAAAAUAAAGCAAAUACAUGAA